AUGCCAUCUGAUCAACAUCAAAUACCCGAAAAAGUAUUAGACGAUUUAUGCAGUCGUUUUAUUAUUAAUAUCCCAGCUGAACAACGUGAAGAUCUUGUCCGAGUAUUAUUCGCUGUUGAAUUGGCUCAUUGGUUUUAUAUUGAUUUCUAUUGCGAAGAUGACGACGAUUUAUAUGUGUGUAAUAUAAAAGAAUUUGCUCAGCAAAUUUUUGUACAUUGUCCAUUUCUACGUAAUUAUGUGCAUAAUCUUGAUGAUUUUAUAUCACGGUGGCGUGGAUAUAAAUUAAGCGUACCCACCUAUGGUGCUGUUUUACUCGAUCCCACAUAUGAACAUAUUCUUCUGGUAAAAGGAUUUUAUAAUCGUGAAAGUUGGGGCUUCCCGAAAGGAAAAGUGCAAGAAAAUGAGACUCCAAUAAAAUGUGCCAUACGAGAAGUUAUGGAAGAAGUCGGUUUCGAUAUGAAAGAACGUGCUUUUGAAGAUCAGUAUUUAGAACGUGAUGUCAAUGGGCAAUUAAUUCGAUUAUAUAUUGUUAAACAUGUUCCGCUUGAUACAAAUUUUGCACCAAAAACCAAAAAUGAAAUCAAAGAUACGCGCUGGUUUCGUAUAGCUGAUUUACCGUGCCAUAGACGUGAUACUACAUCGCAACUGAAACUAAACAUUAAUCCCAAAGCUUUCUUUAUGGUCAUACCAUUUAUACGAGUUUUACGCCACUGGAUAAAUCAAGAAUGUGGAUUAAAUUCAUCAUCAAAUGGUGAUUCAGAUAAUGCAAAUGAAUAUUCACAACGACACGAACAUACAAGCUCACAUCAUCAUGGUGGUUAUCAGCAACCACCUCGAAGACAUCGCACUAUGAUAUAUCCUAACAAUACCCGUCAGGUUAACAUUCAACAAAAAGUAUUCGGUGUUGAUCAACAAACAUCAUCAUUUAUUCGAGAUGGUACAUUUGAAAAACGAAAACAUCCAAGUAAAAUUAUUGCUGAUCUUACAACACAAAAUACCGAUGAACAACAAAUAUCAUCAAGCAAUAAACUUCAAAAACAAUUAAGUGUACAAGACACAAUACAACGACAUUUUUCUCAAAUACUUAAAAAUGAUUCUAUUACUGUCACUGACAAUACAACAAUCACAGAAACAUUACUGAUGAGAGAAAAUAGUUCAGCUGUUGUUAAUACAUCAAAUCUAACGGAAUUAACGCCACCAAUGUCAAAUGAUGAUGAAAAUAAACGUCCUUUAUCCGUCAAAAGUCAUAAAGGAAAAAGGUCGACAGCCCAAUUUCGCAUCUUACCGCGAGAUCAACCCGAUGAAUUAGUCUUUCAGAUGAAAACACUUGAGUCACAUAAUCAUGAUAUAAAUACUCCUGACAAAUCUCAACGUAAUCGACGUCGUGUCGAUCGACAAUUGAAUCAUGACACAGCCGAACCGUUGGCAAACUUAACAAAUGCACCAUUUCACUUUGCCGGUCCACGUUGUUGGACACAGUUUCGUUUAAAUCGUUCCGAAGUUGUGCGUUGUCUUCGCGACCUGUAUCCGACCUCUUAUUUUUACCAAGUACAUUAUUUAUUAAUAUUUUCCUAUACGCUAGGACAUUCAUUUCCAUCUAUAAUGAUCUUCAUAAUUGUUUCGUCUUUUGUUGUUGUCAUACUCAUUGUUGGUUUAGCUAUCUCUCGCUAUCGUAUUCAUCGUAAAAAUCCAACAAAUGCUUCAACAUACAGUAUUACAGGAGAUUGGCGCCGCCCAUGGGCGUCGACAUCGUGCGAUAAUUUAGCUACAUUGUCAAUUCCGGAUGAUAAAAAAUCGUAUCCCAUUCAUUGUGAAACAACAGGUAUAAUUAAAAGUUCAUUUUCAUGGCCUGAAACAAGUAUGCUACAUCGGCAAGAUCAAUGUGCAUCGACAAAGUCGUCGUCGGCAUUAUCGUACUCUUUAACAAUGGAAUGCAUAGCUGAGCCAGCUUCAUUAACAUUCGGUCUUCGAUGGGAUGAAAUCACAAAAUCAUUAUUUGUUCGUGUUGUUAGCGCUCGACAUUUAUUUAUUCAUAGACGGCAUCGACAACCUUCAGUAAUUGAUUCCUAUGUUCGACUAGAACUUACUUCGACGCCAACAGAGAAUAAUAUUCCAAAAACAUUUCCGUUAAUGCGAACGCAUAUUGUUAAAAAAAAUGCUUAUCCAAUCUAUGACGAACUGUUUCAAUGCAUUAAUAUUGAAGAAAUAAAUACUAAGGGUUAUUCUCUUGUUUUCACAAUUUCAACGUAUGAUACAUUUACAAGAGAUGAAGUUGUUGGCGAAGUUAUUUUUCCAUUAAAAUCAGAUGCAUUAGAUUCAACUGAAAUGACGUUUACACAAAAUUUAACAACUCGUCAUACGCAGCUAAGUAAUCAAGACCUUGGCCAAAUAUUACUCUCGAUGUGCUAUCAGCCGGCUGAUAGUAAUGUAACAAUAAUUGUCUUGAAAGCAUCGAAUUUACCACGAAUAGGCACAACGAAAUUAAUGAAUCCGUAUUUUAAAAUUUAUAUGUUUUAUAAAAAUCAACGUAUUUUCAAAAAACGCAGUACAAUUAAACGAACAACACAAUGUCCUGUAUAUAACGAGUGUUUUACGUUUAAGAUACCAGAUAAUGAUAUUGAAAAUAUUCAUUUCGAGAUAAUACUUUUUGAUUACGAUAGUCAUAUGAAACACGAAGCUAUUGGCGCAUGUUUCAUUGGAAAAGAAAUGAACCAACAUUGGAAUGACGUAUGCCAUCGACAAAUAACCAAACAAAUAGCUCAUUGGUAUCAAUUGAAAUCAUUUGAUGAAUCAAUUCAUUGA